CAUUACUUGUGAAGUGAACAAAAUGGGUUUCGAAGCGACAAGAUUCAUUGGGGAAAUAGACGAGGAAUUCAUUUGUACAAUUUGCACACUGGUUCUGGAAAAUCCCGUCCAGUCGUCAUGUGAGCAUACAUUUUGCAAUCAAUGCAUCACUGAUUGGCUAGCAAUCGAAAAUACGUGCCCAGUAUGUCGUCGUAAUACUGAAUUGGCGCACGUAAAGCCGGUUGCCAGAUAUUUCCGUAAUAUGCUAAAUAAACUGGAGAUUAAAUGUGAUUUCGAAUCGAGAGGAUGUCAAAGUGUUCUACAAUUGGAAAAUUUGAAGGAUCACGUCAGUAAUCAGUGCGCGUACAAUCCAAAUACAGAAAUUAUCUGUGACAAGGGAUGUAAUAUUGCAAUUAGUCGACAUGAAUAUGAAGCGAACAAUUGCUUUUCACAUUUAUCGAAUGCAUUAAAAAAACUCCAAGAGAAGCUAGACGAUCAGACGAAAAUCGUAAACACACUCCGUUGGCAGAUAUGCUACAACAUGAAUAUUUCCAUAAGUGAACCAAAUAUUUUAGAGUAUGGACAAUACGUCGAAGGAGAAUUAGCACUUGUUCAAUCUAUUCGUCCUUUGACACCAGACAAUACAUCGUUCAAAAUUGAAAUCUUGCAUGUUGGUGAAAACAAUAAUAUUGCAAUUGGACUCGCUCCUAAGGGUUAUUUAAUUAAUCAGCAACCUGGAUGUCGUCUUGGAUCUAUUGGGUAUCACGGAGAUAAUGGAAAAUUUUUUAAUGGCAAUGGCAUUGGCGAAGUAUUCGGACCGAUAUGGAAAAGUGGUGACAUCAUCGAAUGUGCGGUACAGCUUGAAGUGUACACCAGCAUUUUAUUUCGUGGUAGUAGUAGCGUGACAGUAGAAGUGAGUUUUUCCAUAAAUGAGCAAUUAAUUGGGAAAAAAACGGUGAAAAUGCCAGAAUUAGGAUUUUUUCCUACAGUUAGUAUUCGAAGUAAAGGCGGCAAGGUUAGAUAUUUCGACGGUUAAAAAUAUGGUUGAAUGUGUGUCAAUAAAUUAUCAAAGGAAAAUAAAAUUAUUCGAAUUGAAUUUAUGGCGGAAAGCUUUGGGAAAACCCUGAAACACGUCUUGGGUGAAAUCGAAAACUCUAUAACUUUGCCUUUGAACCGAACUUUCUAGUAAUCAAUGAACGACUGAAUUAAAAAAAAAACAAUUUCAACGCACUUUGAUAUGAGAAUAUCGCAAAUUAUCCUUUCACAACGCUGCGUUUGGUUAGGACCUGACACUUUUAAUUUUGAAUUUUUGGCUCUGUUUGUUUGAAAACCAUUCAAUAUUGCGCAAUAGCGCUUAUUUUUAA